UUGUCACGCUGAGGUCAAGUUGAUUUUUGUUUCAGAAGGAAUUAAUGGAAUGUAGAUCAUUUAACGCGUGUUGGUAGCGUAUAACUAUUAAUGACCAUGGCCAGCUUUACGAAGGCAGCACAGCAAUGGGCCACUUUUUGCAGAUCUUGGUAUGUGAUUGAUGCUACAAUGCAGCCCCCAGGAAAAAUUGCUUCCAUUUGUUCAGUGCAUCUGCAAGGAAAACAUAAGCCUAUAUAUCAUGCACUAAGUGACUGUGGAGACCAUGUUGUUGUACUAAACACAAAACACAUUGCAUUUUCAGGAAAUAAGUGGGAACAAAAAGUAUACUCUUCUCACACUGGUUAUCCUGGUGGAUUUAAACAAGUAACAGCUGCACAGCUUCAUUUAAAGGAUCCAACAGCGAUCAUCAAACUUGCUGUCUAUGGUAUGCUUCCUCGCAACUUACUAAGAAGAACCAUGAUGCAGAGAUUACAUAUAUUUCCCGAUGAUAACAUUCCAGAGGAUAUUAUCAAGAACAUAACAGAAGAACUUCCUCAGCCCAGAAUAGUACCUAAGAGAUUAAAUGAGUAUACCCAAGAAGAGAAAGAAUCCUUUCCUAGACUAUGGACAAUGCCUGAAGACUACAGAAUUAAGUAACAGUCAAAACAUAUAGUGUGGGUUGUUUAUUCUGUGAAAAGUAUUUGUAUCUUAUACAUGUUUCUGCUUAAUUUUCUAUUUGAUGUUUUUAAAUAACCCAAACCCUUGUAAACCUUGUCAUGCAUUUUAGGAGGAAUAAACACUUUGCUGCCUGUAACAUUUAAGUAUCUUACAUUUGUUAACACAAUAAGUUGUUUCUGGAGCUUUUGGAUCCCUUGUCACAAGAUUUGGUUAUCCUUAUAUUGUAAUGUGAAUUCAGAAACACAAAUUAUCAGUUACCUGGUCUUUUGUGAAUAUUUUAUGAACGUCAUGGUUCUCAAAUGGCAUUGCCAUGUAUACACUUUGUAAUAAGUUGCAUGUGAAAUGUGAAUAUACUGUUCAUUCUAAAUGUUAUAAAGACAGUGUGCUUGUCUGUCUUAAUGUAUGUUGCAGUAAAUUAGAUUAGAUUAAAAUUUAUUAAUCCCA